UAGCUCUGGCCUUCCAAUUGAAGAAAGUGCUAGAUUUGUCAGCGUUGUAUAAUAUAACCAAUUCUCCGUUCCGCAUUUGCUCCGGAACGAUCUGAAUAGUCUUCAUUUUAUGUGAGAGACAGAACUGGCGUCAAACAUGCGUAAAAAUCAACGCUGUCCAAGCAGGGAACCACCGAGAAAGGAAUUAUCGCCGCUCAUCUGAGGCCAAUCUCGAUUUUUUUUUUUGGUCAAAUAAGGAAACAUAACACAGCUAGCUCGCCGACGUUAGCUCCGUAGAUAGCCAGGUUACCGACACGUCUUCACACAAAAAGCAGAAUCCAGCAGAUAAUCAAGAUUGGAUAUACAUUCGCAACAACAGGAAAACGCAGCAAUGGGUGCAUUCCUGGACAAGCCGAAGACGGAGAAGCAUAGCGCCCACGGCGAGGGCAACGGGAUGCACUACGGCCUGAGCUCCAUGCAGGGCUGGCGGGUGGAGAUGGAGGACGCCCACACAGCGGUCGUGGGCCUCCCCCACGGACUCACCGACUGGUCCUUCUUUGCCGUCUACGAUGGCCACGCAGGCUCCCGGGUCGCCAACUACUGCUCCGGCCACUUGCUGGAACACAUCUUGUCAGGAGGGGCCGUCUUCAGUUCAGGAUCCGGCUCCGUAGAAGGAGUGAAGGACGACAUCCGCUCGGGAUUUCUGAACAUUGACGAGUACAUGCGCAGCUUCUCUGACCUGCGGCAGGGCCUGGACCGCAGCGGAUCAACCGCCGUGUGCGUGUUGCUCAGCCCGAGCCACCUCUACUUCAUUAACUGCGGAGACUCGCGGGCCGUGCUGUGUCGAGACACCAAGGUGGGCUUCUCCACCCAGGACCACAAGCCCUGCAACCCCCGUGAAAAGGAGCGCAUCCAGAACGCUGGCGGCUCGGUCAUGAUCCAGAGGGUAAACGGCUCCUUGGCCGUGUCCCGGGCCCUGGGGGACUACGACUACAAAUGUGUUGACGGUAAGGGCCCCACGGAGCAGCUGGUGAGCCCCGAGCCCGAGGUGUACGUGUUGGAGCGCGCGCCCAAAGGAGACGAGUUUGUGGUGCUGGCGUGUGAUGGGAUCUGGGAUGUCAUGUCCAACGAGGAGCUGUGCGAGUUUGUCCGCUCACGACUCCUGGUGUGUGAUGACCUGGAGAAGGUCUGUAAUUCGGUGGUGGAUACCUGUCUGCACAAGGGGAGCAGAGACAAUAUGAGUGUGGUGCUGGUGUGUUUACCUGGAGCGCCUAAGAUCUCAGAGGAGGCUGUGAAGAAAGAAGAGGAAUUGGAUAAGUACCUGGAGACCCGUGUUGAGGAGCUACUGGGGAACUGUGGGGAGGCGGGAGUCCCUGACCUGGUGUCUGUCUUGAGGAGCAUUGCCACAGAGAACACCCCCAACCUUCCACCUGGCGGAGGCCUGGCCAGCAAACGGAGUGUGAUCGAGGCGGUCUACAACAAGCUGAACCCCCACAGAGAAGAGGAAGGGGCCUGUGCGGGGGGAGAGGAGGAGAGUGAGGAGGGAGGUGGCAGCACGGCGGCUCAUCUGCUGGAGGCUCUGCGGCUGUUCCGCCUGCACCACCGGGGGCAGUACCACUCGGUGCUGGAGGAAUCCCUGGCCGCCUACACACUGCGGGGGGAGAGCACUGUGGAGGGAGCAGGGGAGGGCAGGAGGACCUCGGACGACGACGACGACGAAGGUGGCGGCCAGCGGCAGCCCGCUUCCCCUCCCUCGCCCCCACCCUCACCUGCCACUGCAGAGCCGGAGGCCGGCCGAGAGGCGCCCGCCCCCGAGUCCAAUCCCUCCUCUGACUGAGCACCCCGUCCGCUUCCCUUACCCAACCCUCGAGCUCGAGUCAGAUGUGCUUCGACCUCUCCUCCUCUUUCCUUCCAUCACAGAACUUGAACGGACACAUGGGCCUCUUCCGGCUCGAUCAUGGUCUGCAUCUACAGCUGCCAAUUUCAUUCAUGAAUAUUUUAGUCAUGCAAUGGAAAUAAAAAUGGCCCUUCUGUCUCUUCAAGUUCUGUCGCCGAGCCACAUAUUUACCUUUUAAUCUAAAUAAGGACGCUUUCUUUCCCCUGUCCUCUUGACGACCUCGGCUUGGAUUUCCAAACUUGCCAGCCACUUUUACCACCUGACCACAAAGACUGAUGUUUACAAUAUAACAUAAUCAUUAGCAAAUUAUUAUUAUUAUUACAUGCAAAAGUGGCUGGUGAAGCAAACAUUAACCUUGCACUCGAUGGCCUAGAUUUCCCAGUAUUGGCUUCUGGCUGAUUUCCCACCUGAACUCCCUCCUACACCCCCCAGCUCCCCUCCGCCUCACCCCCUCCCACUCCUGCUUCCAGUGGACAAACUGACAAAGAAAAGGAGACCCUCUGAACUGAAGCUGUGUUCAACUCACUGUACUGUCUCCAGGCCUACUCAAUCUACAAACUCAGAACACACUCUUUUGCGUGAGUGUGUGUGUGUGUGUGUGUGUGUGUGCGUGCGUGCGUCUGUCUGUGUGUCUGCAUGGGUUUGGAGAAAGAGACCAAUCACUAACCACAGGGGGUUUAGAGGGUGUAUACGUUGAGCGUCAUUUCAUUUGAAUCCUUCCCUCACCACAUUAUGCCUAUUUGUGCAUCACCACAUUUUAGUAAGUUGCCUCCGCCGCCCAGAAGGAGGUAAACAUGUGUUCCUAGUUGUUGUUAUUCAGGUGGAUACAAAUGUGAACAGUAUACUAGUACCAGGUGAGAAAAGGGGCCAUACAAGUCAUGUUUAAAUUGAAAUAAGACUAAAGGUAAGGCUUUGAUGCUGAUCUCACAGCAGAAAACAAAAGUUUUUGGAUGGAUAAAAACUUAAGAGAAACCUUCGCUAGGAGGGAAAAUGAGGGCCAGUCAGUCAUAAUGUUUCCAAAAUCAAAGGGUUUUAAAACACACCUCGCCUUGAUCUACAUUGUGUGGCUUCACCGGUGGUAGCUGUGACCUGCUGUCAGAAAAUCACAGCUGCAGUUGUCAUAGAGACGCGUCCAUAGGCUCAGGGAAGUGGCUGUGCUCUCCUCGUUAACGCAGGUCAGACGCUUAAACAACCAGUUUGUCUUUAUUCAUGAAGUCCUUUCUCUAAAUAACUCAAAACAUUCAACAAUUCAGGUGCAGCAUACGUUAAAUGUAUUAAAUUUAAUUUACAAUGAAAGUCUACAAGCUUUUGAUUUUUUAUUAUAUAAAAUGCAUGUUAGCAUGACGUCGCUACGGCUUUCUGAGCUGAAGGAAUGUCACAAUUGGGAACACAACAUUGUGGUUAAUCUCAAAGCACAUUAUUCUGACGUAGUACAUUUUACACUAUAGAUAACAUCACUAUAUGGCAUUUGUUUUGGCACCACCCUCGGGCUAACCCUCGUCUUUAUCCAACGCGCAGGUGACGUCCCUGAAGUCAAACUGCUGACAUGGCUGUAAAUGUCAUAGCAUUGAGUUCUACUGUAGUUAUUCAACAUCCAACAUUUACACCCAGACAACAAUGUGUUCUGUGAGCUGUUUGUGUGUCAGUCAUCAGUCCGCAGCAUCACUGAAGUAUUAAUCAACCAGGUCUCCGUAAUGUUCCCACCGCCGCUCACGUUGACAGCCGCUACUACUAAACCCGGCCGGUGCACACGGUAUGUUUCACUCCUCAUAGGUUAUGACGUUUGUUCAAAAAUACACAAUCUGAAACGCUUGCCUCAGAUGGGAAGUUUGGUUUCCUAACAAACUGAACGAGCAGUCUUCAUUGUUCUUCUUUGAAACAGAGGGAAUGUAAUUACAAGUCAGUAUAAAGCACAGUACCCAAUGACCCUGGAAAUGCGUGCACUGCACUUAUCUUUUCAAUAUCUAAGGCACUUAACUUUCGGAAGGGAGGUUAUGCUAAACCCUGCGUGUGUGUGUAUGUAUGUACGUAUGAGUUGUAUUUGUAAGAGGUUACGUGGGCCAAAAUCAGUCCCACACAGUUAAAAUGACAAAUGAACAAAAUAAAGAUGAUUUGAGGUAUAAUGCAAUCAUUUGUGUCAAGUGUAUGAGUAUCUCUCUCCUGCAGUCUGACUGUACAGCUGUGUUUUCUUGUCUUUUGGUCCUGUCAAAUGUGUCAAACAUUGCAAAUGUAUAGAAUAGGGUUGUGAUGAUGGAUACAAAGAUUAAUUCACAAAAAACCAUGAACAUCCCAGACAGACUCCCAGAUGAAGUGGUGGCCUUUGAUACAGGAACAUUCCCUAGAGGCUCUAGUAUAUGUGAUGUGUUGUAUCAAUGUCUGUGUUGGCUGUGAAGUUUUCAGCUCAUGCAGAAAACAAGUCCACCUUACUUGCCCGUCAGCUCUUAGCUCUCGCUGCGUCUCGUGGCAGCAAGAUAAAUGUCUGCCGCUGCGUUGCAUGAGCUGGCGGCAAGAAUUGGAGGGGAGAGCCGCCGAGACUAUAGGGACUCUAUUCUCUCCAUUUCUCCCCUGUUUUUCAGUCUGACAGUUGGCCUCCUGAGUCUCCGCAAGAGUGCCGGUGAGCUGGAAGACCCCUGGUAGCCGUGGCAACGACCUCCGUCUCCUCCUGGUGAUUGGUGCAUCUACCCAGAAGAGGAGUGUCUCUCCAUCGCGCCAUGUCUUUCUCCACUAAAAGAGGACAUGUGGUGUGUGUGUGUGUGUGUUUGAGUGCGUGAGUGUGCGUAUGUUGGUUGUGUGUGUGUGUGUUUGCAGCAGUGGGACAAAGACGACAACAACUACACACACACGCAUACUGCUUUAACCCUGGAGGAAAACAAAAAUCACUUUUCAGAAAUGUCAAGAUUUUAUGAACUGAAGCUUUGUGACGGUAGAGAUGAUAUUUACCAUUGAGGUGUUUUAGUUGUUUGUUUCCUUUUCUUGAAUGUUGACAUUGAACACCUGACUUCACAAUGACAUAAGGACCUAUAGUGUGCGUAUAUUUUUGUGUGUGUGAGUGCUUUGAGGAGGGCCAAGAGAAGACAGACGGUGGAUAAAGACUUUGUUUGUAAUUCUUCUUCUCUUGGACUUUUUUUUUUCUCUGUGCUCCUAGGUCUGAUAUUUGCCUAACACCUUUGCUUCUCCCUUCUAAAAAGACACACACACACACACACACACUCUCUAACACACACAGACAGACCAUAAAAAAAUAAACACCCUCCCCCGCCCCACUUCCGCCAGUGCACGUAUGUGAUGUGCCACCUUCGCAGGGCCCGGCAUGAGGACUCUGGUUCUACAUGUACAGCUUCGUGGUUUUCUAGUCAAUCUGGAUGGACAGCCAUUGGUUGCGACUGACUGAACAUGAUGGACCUCUGCACUCUGAUUGGCUCCUGCCGUGUGAGAAGUGGAAAUUAUUUGAAAUUUUUUGUUGUUGUUGUGGCUACUAUUAGAAUGAUGACGAUGAUAAUCAUAAUGGGGGGGGGGGGGUGAAUGUGAGGUUAUCUGGUUCACUGAAGAGCCACGUGCAAGUGGGACUCAUGGGGGGGGGGGGGGGGGUGUUGUAUCACUGGUUGGACUUCCUGAAGGAGGAAGGUUAGGGCAGGAGGGUGGUGGGUCAAACGAGCGUCACCACCUCCCUCUCCACCAUCAUGGUUGGAAGUACACUUGAGGGCAGACUGUCCCGACAGGAAAUACAUUUAAUUUUAAUUAAAACAUUUUUUAAAAUGUUGUCCAUGAGGUUACGAGCUGCUCGCGAUGUAGAGUGAGUGAACUCCCUGUUUUAACCCAGUUCCUGGUUCUCAGACUGCAUUGGUAAUGUUUGUAUUGCUGUUGUUUGAUUGCACUCACAUUUGAUUACAGAAAGCGUCUAUAUAUGAAAUAAAAUACCUGCCAAGGA